ACACUGAAGAAGAAUAAAUGUUCCUGUUGAAUGUUAAGGGAAGCUCAACUUGUGUGUCGUUCUUCUUACACCACAGCAUCACACGUUGAGGGAAGAUAAUUUCUUCAUUACCUUCAGCCCAUCCAAGGUUCCUGCUGACUUCAAUUUAAACAGUACCACAUUUGAGGAAGUUGGAGUACUUGGAAAGAACCCAUGCAUCCGGAGAAUAUCCAAAGUCCAUACAGGAAGAGUCUAAGCAGGGAUCUGAACCCAGGACGUUCUGGAACUGAAAGUUGGAGGAGGACAGAGAAGGGGGGAGAAGAAGAAAAGGCGAGGUUGUCAGUUGAAGGGAUUACGCAUUUAGUGAUCUCUGUUGGAGGCAGCCGGGACCAGUGACUUGGCGGACAGAAGAAUCACACAAACAGGAUACCUUUUAAUGGCAUCCUGGAACCAUUCCUACAAAAGAGCUGCGUUUUAUGAGCUAGAAGACGUAUGGAGAAAUGAUGGGACAGUCUCAGCGCAUCUACUGCCUAACAUGUUAUGAACCUGCGUACAAACUAUAUCGGAAGAUGGGAUGCAGCACUGUCAAGAUUGUGAUCGACAGCGCUGGCGAAUAAAGGAUUACCGACACACACAACAACCCCCUUCUUUCCUAUCGUUGUUUGACCAUGGGAGCUGGAGAGGAAAUGCAUGCACGGACAGUAAAAAUGAGCACCCCGGGGGUGCUGGCUGUGGUGACAGUGUUUUCUAUGAUUCCCGGCGGGUUACUGAGUGAUAUAAGAGAUACUCAGGGUCUGGAAGGCCAACAGCUGGCCCGGGGCUCCACUGUUCUGCACCAUCGCCAAAAGAGGGGCUGGAUUUGGAAGCAGCUGUUUGUCCAGGAGGAAGAUCCGACUUCUCAAAUUAUUGGCCAGGUCAAAUCUGACUCUGAUCGAGGCAGUUUUACUAUCAAGUACGUAUUAUCAGGAGAAGGUGCUGGAGACGUGUUCAAGAUAGACGAGAAUUCUGGAGAAAUCUGGACUCUGAAGAAGCUGGACCGCGAGAAAAAGGCCUUCUAUGUCCUUCAGGCCCAGGCUAUAAACACAAGGACCGAGGAGCCAGUGGAGCCCCAGUCUGAGUUCAUAAUCAAAGUGCAGGACAUCAACGACAACGCUCCGCAGUUCCUGAACGAACCUUAUGUCUCCAGCAUCCCUGAGAUGAGCCCAGUAGGGACCACGGUGGCCCAGGUGACAGCCACAGAUGCGGAUGAUCCCAUGUUUGGCAACAACGCGAAGCUGAUCUACUCCAUCCUGCAGGGGGAGCCCUACUUCUCUGUGCAGCCAAAGACGGGAAUCGUUGUGACGUCCUGGGCUGAUAUGAACCGUGAAGCCAGGGAGGAGUACCUGGUGGUGGUGCAGGUGAAGGACAUGCUGGGCCUCAGCGGCGGCUACUCCUCCACCACCACGGUUACCGUUACUCUGACCGACGUGAACGACAACGGGCCCACAUUUCAGCAACAUGUGUACACCUUUGCUUUGCCUGAAAAUGCAGCCAUUGGGACCACAGUGGGUAGAAUCAUGGCAGAAGAUGGAGACAUUGGCAGUAACGCCAAAAUGACAUACCGCCUGGAAGAUGACCUGAACGAAAGCUCCACUUUUAAGAUUGAAACAGACCCAGUGACACAGGAAGGAGUGAUCCUUCUGGCCAUGCCUUUGGACUAUGAAUCCAAGAGACGCUACACGAUGGUGGCAGAGGCAGCUAACAACCACCCAGACACUCGGUUUUUGCCUCUGGAUGAGUUCAGCGACAGGACGACGCUGAAGAUUCUUGUGGAGGAUGUCGACGAGCCGCCUGUCUUCCUCUCGGCGCUCUACGAGUGGAAGAUUCCCGAGAAUGCAGCAGUGGGAACAGUGGUUGGCACCGUUAGCGCCAGAGACACUGACACAGUCAAGAAUCCCAUCAGAUACUCGAUCGACAAAAAGACCGAUGCCACCAACGCUUUCAAAAUAGACCCAAACAAUGGAACCAUAGCUAUCGCUAAGGCUUUGGAUCGAGAAACUGCAGACUGGCACAACAUGAGCGUUGAAGCCAAGGAAACCAUGCAAAACCGUUUAUCCUCCUCCGUGGCGGUGUUCAUCACCGUGCUGGACGUAAACGACAACGUGCCAAGGCUUGCGAGGGAUUACCAGCCGUAUAUCUGCGAGGGCACGCAAGCAGGAGAACUCAUUCAUCUUCUCAGUGCCGUCGACCCGGACAAGGCUGUGGAGGAGCACCACUUCUACUACUCCAUGGUUCCCCAGGAGCGCAUCAAUCCGAACUUCACCAUCAGAGAUAAUCAAGAUAACACGGCAGGCAUUGUGGCGCGCAGGAGCACUUUCACCCGUAAAGACCAGACUCAGUACCUGCUUCCUGUGGUGGUGACCGACAGCGGCACCCCGGCCCUCUCCAGCACCACCACGCUGACCAUAGGCGUCUGCAGCUGCCUCCCGGCUGGACAUUGUCCCACCGCCGGGGUCGAGGCUCUCGCUCUCUCCGGGGUCAGCAUGCAGACCUUAGUGGGGAUUUUCGUCUGCCUGGUCACUCUGACUGCGCUGUCGGUUCUAAUGCUGAUUGUGAGGAGGCACCGGCGUAAGCAACAGGAGGGGACAGAUGUGGAGGUGAAGGAGUUGGAGUUGCCCGACACCUUUUCCCAGAAGGUGCUUUACUACGGAGAGAGAGGAGCCGGCCUGGACUUCUGCCAGCCUCCCGUCCCGCUGCGCCCCCAUCCGAGGAGGAGGGACAGGAAACUGCGGAGGGAGGAAGUCAGGGCCAGCAUACGGAUGUCGCUCCGAGAGUCACACCUCAUUGGGCCGGAGGACGAGGUAUUCAGGCAGUUUAUCCUGGACAGACUGGCAGAAGCCGAUCAGGAUCCUUACGUCCCACCAUUUGAUUGCCUUCGGACUUACGCGUACGAGGGGUCAGGGUCGUCCUCAGGGUCUUUGAGCUCAUUGGACUCCUGUUUGGAAUUUGAACCUGAGAAACCUGUGUGUAACUCCAAGCCUUAUGCAGUAAGACUCACCCCAUGGUUCGGAGGAGCAGAGGAAGACACAUUCUUCUAAAGAACGCCUCCCCCUCCCACCUUUUAUAUAUUGAUAAUAAUUGUUAAAGGGUAAAAAGACCAGGACAGCUUCUGUCCAGGAAGCUUUAAUCAAACAGACAUUGGUGAUUUCUCAUAGGCAUAUUCACACUCAUUGAAUAUUUUUCACAUUUUAUCAGUAGGUCAGCACAAAGUAAUUCAGCAUUCAAUUUUGAAGACGAUAGAAAAUGAUUCAUGGCUUUCAAAUGUGUUGUUUUUUUGAGUAAAGGUGAACACAAACGUUUGACCCACAUUUGAGCAGGGCCGUGCAGAGACCACUGAA